AUGGACACGACUAAAAGAGGCCACGAGACCUCCCCAGUCAAGUCGGUAACGAAGGCGUUGCUGGGAUUUGCGAAAGUCCACAGCUUUUUUCAAACACAAGUGAUUGGGCAAACUCACGAUGACAACGACAUCAUCGCCGUAAAGGUAGCCAGUGAAGGUGACCUUCCCAUUGUUCUCAUCGACUGCGGUGUUCAUGCCAGGGAGUGGAUCACCAUCUCCGCUUGCAUGUACAUCAUCAACGAGCUUGUCAGUCGCCAUCAGGAGCGAACCACAGACGUCUCUGAGAUAUUCAACUACGAGUGGCGAGUGAUCCCCUGCCUCAAUCCUGACGGGUACGAGUUCUCGAGGAAAUCGAACAGGAUGUGGAGAAAGAAUCGCUCCGUUCAAUACUCGUCCAACGGCACGAAGUGUUACGGCACUGACAUCAACCGUAACUUCGACGUGUCGUUCUGCAGCACGCCCGAGGAGGCGGAUCCCUGCAAGGAGACCUUCUGUGGAAAGGCGCCCUUCUCGGAGCCGGAGUCGCACGCCUUCCGGGAAUACGUGUCUGAAUUCCGGAACAGGAUAGCCUUCUACUUCAGCUUCCACGCUUUCGGAGACCUCUGGCUUAUCCCGUACAGCUUCCGCUCCGAGAGGCCGCCGGACUACGACGAACUGAUGGCGAGGGCAAAUCGAGCAGUCUCGGCAAUACAAGAGGUUAGCGGCACCCGCUACAAAACUGGAUCCAUAUCUUCCUUACUUUACAUCGCUCCGGGCACUGCGGUCGACUGGAUGUACGUCAAAAAGGGUGUCCGAAUGAGCUUCACCAUUGAGAUUUCUUCGGAGAAGAAUGGAUUUUUCCUUAACCAAAGCAACGUCAUCGACGUCCCGAAGCAAGCGUGGGUUGGCGUGGUAGCUACCAUUCAAUAGCAAUAAAAGAAAUUCCGAGUAAUUUGUGUGCCUGCGAAAAGCGCAUACUGUACCUUAUUGCGAUAUACUGCGCCAAUGGGUCAUGAGGACAACUAUACCCUGCUGAUAA